GAUUAAUUAGUGUGAAGAUACAAGAGCCCCGCCUUUUUCAAUUCGAUGCAGCGUAAGCGAAACUGACAUUAGUGGUGGUCACGUGACGUGCAAGUGUAAUUUCCUAUGGGUGUUGGUGUGUAAAUAAAUAUGGAUUAACACUGAAAAUCACUGUUUCAACUGCAGAAUUGAAUUCCAAGGGUGAAGAUGGAAUUAGCGAAUUUAACGAAACUACUUUUAUUUGUGUGCUGCUGUUUGCCGGCAUUGGCCAUAAUACAAUCUCCUCCCAGAAUUACAAAACAGCCUCCAACAGAUGAACUUCUUUUCCAAGUUGCUCAACCACAGAAUGAUAACCCUAAACCAUUCAUUAUAGAGUGUGAAGCUGAAGCAGAACCAGCACCAAAAUAUCGGUGGAUUAAGAAUGGAAAACACUUUGAUUGGCAAGCAUAUGAUGACCGUAUUUCUCAGCAACCUGGUAGGGGAACACUUGUUAUAACAAUACCAAGAGAUGAAGACUUAGGACAGUACCAGUGUUUUGCUGAGAAUGAGUGGGGAACUGCUACAUCAAAUUCUGUAUUUGUGCGCAAAGCUGAACUUAACUCUUUCAAAGAUCAGCCAUUACAGACUGUUAAUGCAAAUGAAGGAGAUCCAUUUAAAUUGACUUGCCAACCUCCUGAUGGUUGGCCAAAACCAAAUGUGUAUUGGCUCAUUCAGAGUAGUGAAGGUGGAAUUAAAAGCAUAAAUAAUUCUCGCAUGACUUUGGAUCCUGAAGGAAACUUGUGGUUUUCUAAUGUUACCCGUCAAGAUGCUAGUAAUGACUUCAGCUAUGCUUGUGCUGCUACUUCUGUAUUUAGAAAUGAGUAUAAAUUGGGAAACCGCGUUGUAUUAAAUGUAAUUGCCACUGGAGCAUCCACAUCACAGAAUAGACAUGCUCCUGUGCAGCAGUAUGUUACCAGGAAGAAUGAAGUGGCAUUGCGUGGUAAAAGGGUGGAGUUAUUCUGUAUAUUUGGUGGAACGCCUCUUCCUCAAAUAGUUUGGAGCAAAGAUGGGAAGCCUAUUCACUCAUCUGAUCAUAAACAACAAGGAAAUUAUGGAAAAAGUUUGAUCAUCAAACAUGCAAAUUUUGAAGAUGAAGGAUCAUAUACAUGUGAUGCUAGUAAUGGUGUUGGUGAAGCAAAGUCAUACUCAAUACACCUACAAGUAUUAGCAACUCCAUACUUCACUGUUGAACCUGAGUUUAUAAAUGCUGCCGAAGAUGAAACUGUGACUUUCAAAUGUGAAGCAUCAGGUGUUCCAGAGCCACAGGUUAAAUGGAUUCAUAAUGGAAGGCCUAUAUCAGAAGCAGAUGCAAAUCCACGACGUAAAGUAACCUCAAACAGCAUCACUAUUGAGAAACUGAAGAAGACUGACACCGGCAAUUAUGGUUGUAAUGCUACAAACAGCUUGGGUUAUGUGUAUAAGGAUGUGUACGUUAACGUAUUAGCUCUUGCUCCUGAAAUAACUGAUCCUCCUAUUAAUGAGGCAACAGUAGAUGGUCGUACUGUUGUCCUUUUGUGUCGAGUAUUUGGUGCACCAAAGCCACAAGUGAAGUGGAUCCAGAAUGAUAAAGAACUUACUGGAGGACGUUAUUCAGUGAAGGAAAAUGGAGAUCUAGAAAUCAGAGAAGUGGCCUUUAGUGAUGCUGGGGAAUACCGGUGCUAUGCCGAAAAUAAAUUUGGUCACGCUGAGGCUUUAGGAACUUUAACAGUGAAGGACCGAACCAAAAUUACAGAUGAGCCAGAAGAUUAUGAAGUGGCUGCUGGUAAUACUGCUACUUUUCGUUGCAAUGCUGUGAGCGAUCCCUCUCUUAGCCUGACCAUUGAAUGGCAAGUGAAUGGGCAAGAAAUUGAUUUUGAAGCUGAACCACGUUUUGUUCGCUCAUCAGAUUAUUCUCUUACUAUUACUAAAACAACAGAAUUGGAUUCUGGAACUUACACUUGUGUAGCUAAGACUGAACUUGAUGAAGCCACUGCCCAAGCUACUCUAACCGUACAAGAUGUUCCAAAUGCUCCUCGCUUACGUGGUAUCAGUUGCAAUAAGAGAGAUGCAACCAUACAGUGGGAACCUAUGGGGGAUAACAGAGCUCCAAUUCUACAUUACACCAUUCAGUACAAUACUAGUUUCACCCCUGAUACAUGGGAAGUAGCAUAUGAUUCAGUUCCAGCUACAGACAUGGCAUACACGGUUCCAAUGAGUCCUUGGGCAAAUUAUACUUUCCGUGUCAUUGCAUGGAAUAAAAUUGGUCAAUCUGUGGCUUCUUCACACUCUCAUCAAUGCACUACUCAAGCCGAUGUCCCGUACAAAAAUCCGGAUAAUGUUGAAGGGAAAGGCACAGAUCCAAAUAACUUGGUUAUCCACUGGACUGUAAUGCCAGAAAUAGAGCAUAAUGCUCCCAGAUUUAUGUAUCGUGUCUCUUGGAAACGUGACAUUAGUGGUGCUCAGUGGGAGUCCCAAGAUAUAGCUGACUGGCAGAAAUCUGAAUUAGUUAUAAAUAAUCAGCCAACAUUCAUAAGAUAUCGAAUAAAAGUUGUUGCCUUUAAUGAAAUGGGAGAAGCUAAUGUUGCACCCCAGGAAGUUAUAGGAUACUCUGGAGAAGAUGUACCUACUCAGGCUCCAUCCAACUUUACACUGGAGAGUAUUGCUGAUUCAACCAGUGCACUCCUGAGUUGGUCUCCUGUAAAUGAAACAACUGUCAGGGGUCAUUUCAAAGGAUACAAGAUUCAAACAUGGACAGACAAAGAGGGUGAAGCAGGAAUGCGAGAAAUUCAAGUGAAAGGAACAAAUGCAAGAGCUCUGGUCACAAAAUUUAUUCCUCACUCUAAAAAUUAUGCACGAGUAUUGGCAUUUAAUGGUCGUCACAAUGGACCUCCAAGUGAUGUAAUAAGUUUUGAUACCCCUGAAGGAGUUCCUGGAACAGUUUCAUUUUUUGAAGCAGUUCAAAUGGGCUCAUCAGCUUUCUAUUUAAUGUGGAAGCGACCUGAACAACCCAACGGAAUUAUAAUUGGCUAUAAAAUAUAUUAUCAGGUUGUGCAGAGCACAAAAGUAGGUCCUCUGCUUGAAAGAGAGCCUCAUAUUUCUGAUCCAAAUCAAACCAGAGCCAAAUUAGCAGGAUUGGAGCCUGGUGCGAAGUACAGACUGCAUAUUAGAGCAAUGACUAAAGCAGGAGAAGGUGAAGAUUAUUUUAUUGAGCAAAGACUUCGAAUGGUCUCUGCAAGUAAACCAAAUGUUCCCAAGUUUAAAUGGCACCAAUUACCAAUAGAAAAUGGAUAUGCUAGUAUCAAAGUAACAUGGCUUCCAAAUAUUGAGACACCUGGUUCUCAUUUCUUUGUUAAAUACAGGCAAAAGGGAGAAACUCUAUAUGAAGAAACAAAGAUGGAAAUAACUGAAGAUUUUAUUGUUGUUCGAGGCUUAAAACCUGGAGAAAUUUAUGAAUUCCAAGUUGUGGCUGUUGAUGGUGAAUACUUAACUCCCAGCGAAACAGAAGAAGUUGAGACUCAUGGUGAUGGUCCAAUUAUACAACCAAAAGAAAAUGUUGCAACUGCAGGCUGGUUCAUUGGGAUGAUGCUAGCUAUAGCAUUCUUAUUGCUGGUGUUGAUAAUUGUUUGUAUAAUUAAACGUAAUCGUGGUGGCAAGUAUGCAGUUCAUGAACGAGAAGCAGCCCAUGGUCGCAACGAUUAUCCUGAUGAGCCAGGCUUUCAUGAAUACUCUCAACCGCUUGACAACAAAUCUCAUGGCAGGGGAUCGAUGAGCAGUGAUCCUAAGGCAGCUCCAGAAAGUGACACAGACUCUAUGGCAGAGUAUGGAGAAGGAGACACAGAAGGUAUGAAUGAAGACGGAUCAUUUAUUGGCCAGUACGGUAGAGACCAGAGGAAACAGGGUCGGUUUACAGAAGAUGGAUCAUUUAUUGGACAAUAUGGCCCUGGAAACAAGCGACAACAAGAAGAUCAGCAGUCUCCAUCUGCCAUUGCCACAUAUGUGUAGUGCUAAAAGUGAAAUUCAGAGCUAUGCAGGGUGUCAGAACCAUGACAAUGUCAAGGACUUGUUCAGAAUGUCUUCUACCAUGAUAUAAUGUAUUUUAAUUGCUUUUCAAGGUGUCACGUCAGGGUUGGUCAGAUUGAUGAGUGAAUGGAGAAAUGUUUAUGGUUGUUCAUUGUUUCAUUUUCUGUUACCUGUUAUUAUACAUGGUAAUUAAUUUGAAGUGAUGAAAGGCAUGCACCAUUUGUUGAAAAAUGGUGAAAUGUAUGCUUAUCUUGUGAUUAUGAUAUGCAGUCUCAUGCCAUUGUAUGUUAUGUUUGAUACACUGUGUGCAUAGUUUAGCAUGCAGUAUUGACUGUAAACAUUGGUAUGAGAGACUAAUCUUUUGUCUUUUAUUACUAGCUUGUAAUAUGAAUAUUGACUGCAAAGUUCAUAUUUCUAUUAUGGAAUUGAUGAUUUUCACCACAAGAGUAUGUACACAUACUGAUAGCUUAAAGUGAAUCUCCUCAGGCGCAUGAGCAAUCUGAAAUUUUGAAUCUCAUUUCUAUUCAUUUGAAUUAAAAAUCUCAGAAUGUUGGUUUCAGCUGUUUUCCUGGAUUAACCAGGAUUGCUGUGCCAAGUAGUCACAAACAGGACCAAUUAUUUAAACAUUGUCAGAUGAUAAGGCUGUAAGUUUUGCCAGUUGAAUCAAUUCUUUUUUAAACAUCCUAAGAUAUUUCUGAAGAAUUCGGGUAUGAACCUGUUUAACUGUUAAACUCUGUUGGAAUUUCUCUUCACAUUUCCUUGUGCUUUCUGGCUGCUGUCGCUGCUUUUGUGUUGUGCAUUUAAAGUUGUGAGUGUGUGUAACGAUGGCAGCUUAACAGUUCAUUAUGAAACAUGAUAGCAGAGGCCUUGCUCGCAGGAGGUCCACCUAUAGAUUUCCUCGUCAGUUUGUUCACUUUGUGAGAAGUGCUUCUGAUUGUAAUAUAUUCCAAUGAUGCAAUCUUCUCCUUUAAAUGCACGGUAGGAGUUAGUUGUUAGAAUUAGAGAUUUGUAGUUAAAUCUAUAGAAAAAAAAAUUAUAUAUAGUAUAUACAAUUACUGUUUUGUAUGCCUCACGCCGUGCACUGCCCUUCGCUAUAUGAUAGAUUUAAUUCUUUUCUUGUUAUUGUACAGUGAGAUGUGUAUAUGAGAAACUAUUGUGUGGUAGUGCUGGAAUAAAUGCUAUAAAUCAUGCCAAUGUUUGUUGUGGGAUAGAAUAUUAGGCUAUUUAUCAUGCAUGUAAUAGCUGAACUAUUGACACAUAAUUACAAUAAUUGAAUGGAAAUUUUGCAAAUCAUUGUUCAAGGCGUUUUCACUUCUGUAAAAGAAGUGAAAAAUCUAGCAUAUUUUUUAAAAGAAAAAUAUGAGGGAUCUUUAUGAUCUUUUCUGAACCUCAGGACCUCUUUGAACAUUGAUAUCCUCAAAUUUCCUUUUCUUGGUUUGUUACAUGAUAUCUCACAUAUGGUUGGUUGUGAAUGUCUUGUAAAAUGAAUGCCAUACAUGAACAAUUGUUUAGACAUGUGAUAAUUUAAAAGUUCUUUGUAUGGUUUGAAAGAAACUAACUGUUUUAUAAAUAGUUCAUUUAACAUUCUUUCCCAAGUCGAGGGAGUAUUAACUGUGUUGUUUAUAGCUGCUAACUAUUUGUGUGUAUUAUUAAGCUUAAAGUGCUGACUUAUACAAAUGUUGGGCAUUGUUCUUGUAUGUGAAACCAGUAUUUCUCAAUUUGAUGGAUGUUGAGUGUUAAUCUCCAUUGUUCUGUUUCACCCAUCUACAAAAAAUAUGUGGUGCAAUUUUUCUGCUUUCUUGAAUCUCUCUUGAAACUGUUGAAUAAUACUCUUACAUUUACAUGAUCUAUAGCAUUAAAAAUUACAGCUAGCCACAAUUUGUAACGGGACUCGCAAUGCUAUUUGACAGGUCUACAUGUGCAGUAUGUUGUUUACAGUUGGAUCGCUGUAUAAAAAUAUAUCUUCCUGCACUUAAGAUUUUAUUACAAAUGCAUUUUUUUAUUGAAUCUUACAAAUUGCUUUUUAUAUUUCGUGUUGUUGAAUUACACAUUUAAUUAUCUUAGCACAAGUGCCUUAAAUAAGGCAUUGUUGUACCAGUUAGAUGAAACGGCUAUUUUAAGAAAUCCUGUGCACUUCUUGUAUCAUUGUAUCCUGUUCUUAUUCAAGUGCACGUUGAUCACUAAACUUGCUGUCUAAAGUAUUCAUUAUACAUUUUUUAAUCCAAUGGGAAAAAAAUAUUUGUUAAUAAUGCCUCCAUUUCGUUCUUGUAUUUUUGUAUGCUUGCAAAUUAUUUGGAGAUUGUGACAUUAUUUUUUUAUGUGGAAAGGAAACAGCUGCAGUUAAUAUUUCUUAGGGACUGCAAUUGUGUAGUUUAAGUGAGAAGAAAUUACCAAAAGUUGCACAACCCAUAUUUUGGGGAGAGAAAAAGUAUUUUUGUAUGCCAUUUGCAUAUAUUAAUACGGUAUUGGCUUUAUCAGUUUAUUUCAUGAUUAUUUUCUUAUAUAUCAGUAGGGCAAUACUUUCUGAGAAAGUCUGUAGUUUAGAAUGUAUUGAGAGUUAAUUUCAUGAAAAGUUACAUUUAUUUUUAUACUAUGAAAUAAUUUAAUUUUAAUUAGAUACAUUUUCUAUUUCUGUGAUGCAACUAUGGCAUCUGUUUGGUUGCUAGGCAACAGGGAGAUUAAUACAUUCCUUGAGAGCACUCGCUCUAGCUAAUAAUAAUUGCUGAAUCACAUUGCAAGAUUGUUGUUUCCAAGUAGUGGCUUUGUAUUAUGUUGACUUACUGUCUCCCUUUCUAUGUGAAAAGUGUUUUUUAUCUAUUUUAUUUUUUAUGUUUACAGCCUAUGGAAAAGGAAUAAAAAUCACAAUAUUGUAUUUUUGUGUUUAUAUUUUUAAAAACAUACCUUGUAACAGAGAAUCCAAAAAUAUUUGAAAAGAGUAGUGUUUCUAUUUUCAAGUUGGUUCUAGGUCAAGACUUGAAAUAUUUCAGGGUUUUAUGUAUUCUAAAAAGUUCACAAUUACAAUUAUUUCACCUGAGAAUAUA